CACAAUUUGGGGGGGGAGAUUUGUUUCACACACACACACACACACACACACACACACACACACACACACUUUAUGCUCCCGGAGCUGUUUCCAAAUAAUUUUUGAAUCAGCCAUGUCGCCGGCUCCGGCUGCCUCCCAGGCUCCUGCCUCCGUCUCCCUGUUCGACCUGAAUGCUGAUGCUCCGAUCCUUCGUGGCCUGAGCCUGGUGAGCCACGUUCCCGGCGAGGAUCUGGUGCAGGCCCUGCGGACUUCCGGUCCAGGCUCAGAAGAGAGAGUGAAUCUAGAAAGAAAACCUCUGGAAAUUUCUGACAAGUUAUUUUGUUCAACCUGUGACCAGCACUUCCAGAACCACCAAGAACAAAGGGAACAUUAUAAGCUUGACUGGCAUCGGUUCAACCUAAAGCAGCGUCUCAAGAACAAGCCUCUUCUGUCUGCUUUGGACUUCGAAAAACAGAGUUCUACAGGAGACCUUUCCAGCAUCUCAGGGUCAGAAGACUCCGACUCAACCAGUGAUGAGGACAAGUGGAUGCCAGCUGAGGAGAGAGAAGAGAGGGCUGAGUGGGCUGAACUUGUAAAGCCUGGCCGGCCCCGAGGCUUCCACCCGCAUCAAGUUCUUUUCCAGAAUGCCCAGGGCCAGUUCCUUUCUGCCUACCGCUGUAUCCUGGGUCCUCAAAAGGCACCCCUAGAGGAAGCAGAGCUGCUUCUGCAGAACCUCAAGAGUUGGGCUCCCAGAUCCUGUGUGGUGCUUAUGGCAGCUGCUGGGCACUUCGCUGGUGCUGUUUUCCAAGGAAGAGAAGUGGUGACACACAAAACCUUUCAUCGUUACACAGUACGGGCAAAGCGAGGCACAGCCCAGGGCGUGCGGGAUGCCCGGGGUGGGGCUUGCCGCUCUGCUGGAGCCAAUCUGAGGCGCUACAAUGAAGCCACACUCUCACAGGAUGUUCAGGACCUGUUGGCAGGACCAGUCUGGGCUAAGGCUCUGGAGGAGGCUGAGACAGUACUGAUUCGAGCACCACGCUCAGGCCGGUCCUUGUUCUUCGGAGGAAAUGGGGCACCCCUGCAAAGGAGGGAUCCCCGACUUUGGGAUAUCCCCCUCACUACCCGCAGACCUACUUUCCGAGAGCUCCAGCGUGUACUCCACAAACUGACCACCUUGCUUAUCCACGGAGAAGAUCCAAGGCGGUCAGAUCCGAGGCGGUCACCUCAGACCCACAGGAAGGCAAUGAGUGAGAGGAAAGAGGAUAUCAAGGAAGAAAGCCAAGUCCCCAGUGAUGGAAGCACAGCCCUGGAAUGCAGGGAGGGCUCUGCUGAACCAGGCUCAGGAUCAGAGGGAGAGGAUGGCUGUCCAGUAGAGUUGGAGCUGGUCGAGCUGACUCUGGACACCCUGGGCCUUCGUGAUUUUGAAGUGUUGCCCAAGCGGAGGAGGAGGAGAAAUAAGAAGAAAAGAAGCCAAGAUGAGGAGGCUGUGACACGGCCUCUGCCCCAGUCACCUCACAAAGAGCAUGCUGUAUUGCAGCCAGCUCCAGCAGCAUCCCAGGGACCUCUAUCAAAAGCCACUGAGAGCCCAGGCCAGCCAGAGCGCUGGGCCCUGCUCCUAGCUGCUUGCCGGGCUGGGGAAGUGGGAGUGUUGCAGCUCCAGCUGGCUGCCAGCCCCAUGGAACCUGAAGUCCUGGCCCUGCUCAGCGCCCCCUUGGGCCCUGGAGGCUUUACCCUCCUGCAUGCAGCAGCUGCAGCUGGGAGAAGCACUGUUGUCCGUCUGCUGCUGGAGGCUGGGGCUGACCCCACUAUACAGGACUCCCAGGCCCGGCCACCAUAUGUGGUCGCAGUGGACAAGCCAACGCGAAAUGAGUUUCGAAGGUUUAUGGAGAAACAGCCAGAUGCCCACGAUUACAACAAGGCACAGGUGCCGGGACCACUGACCCCAGCCAUGGAGGCAAGGCAGGCAGCAAAGAAGCGGGAACAGAAGGCAGCCCGCCGACAACGGGAGGAUCAGCAGCGCCAACAGCGGGAGCAAGAGCAGCGGGAGCAAGAAGAGCAGCAGAGGUUUGCUGCCCUCAGUGACCGUGAGAAGAGAGCUCUAGCUGCCGAGCGCCGACUGGCUGCCCAGAUGGGAGCCCCUUGCCCAGAGGUCCCUGAGUCCAUAAUCAGCAAUGUCCAGCGCUGCUGCAGCUGUGGUGCCUCUCUCCAAGGCCUGGUGCCCUUUCAUUACCUUGACUUUUCCUUCUGCUCUACACGCUGCCUCCGGGACCAUCGUGAUCGGGCAGGGGCAGGAAAACCCACAUCCUGACCCGUGCCCAAGAAAAUACAUCACACAGGCCCUCAGUUCCUUCUCUAGAAACCCAGAGGGUGGGCGGAAAUGGAGGAUAAAGGACAUUUACAAACCAGGCACACCAAGCUGAAGUGGUUGCUUGGCAUGAGUUUGGGUUCUGGAACUUUAAUCGCAAUAAAAGUUGGCAACGAGAC